UACUGAUCCGACGGUCCUGGAGCCUUCCUUCUAGAUCCCCAGCUCCACGAUUAUCACCACUCCAUCUGCGAAGAGACGAAAGCCUCUCCCGGAUUCCCUCCCAGAUCAAGAACCCCAGAAACCCCAUCGAGCCCGAAGAUUUGGCGAAAUUCGAGGGUCUAUUCCGCUCCUCAGCGUCGAGGAACUCAAUCGUCGAUUCGGGGCGCUCUUUCGAGCAUCUUGUCUGUGAUUCGAGGAGGAUUUUCCGAGAAAGUUCGUUUCUUGGAUCUCCUGUCUCGAGGAAGGGUGCGCGGUUUCGAUGCUGAGGCGGAGCAGCGGCUUGUGACACUCAGAUCUAGUGUGAGGAGGGGAUAUCAGAUGCCGGUCGUGACACGGUCGCGGGUUUCCGCUGCCCGCGGCGACGGCGCGGGCGCGCUGCCGUGGGGCUCGGCGUCGGCGGCGCCGGCUCCGAGGCACGUCGCGAGCCAGAGCCACCACAACCACCACGGGCUCAAGGAGAAGCUGCGCGCGCUCACCCAGGACUACGAGCAGCAGAAGCAGAAGCAGCUGCUCGCCGCGUCGCAGGGCGGAGGGGCCGCCGCGCGGCAGCUCCGCCAAAGCAUCCGGUGCCUCAACGCGGCCCAGGUGGCCAACGACGAGAACGCCGAGGAGGAAGACGAGGAGGACGGCGGCAGGGUGGCCAAGCGCCGCUACGACGCCUUCGGUCUGGUCCCCGAGGCCGCGGUGCUGAGGGAGAACGUGGCGCCUCCGCAGGCGCGAGCGCCGUCCAACGACAGCCACGCUGUCGUGCUCGCGCGGCAGGCGAAGGACAACGUGGUGGGCCGCGGCGCCAACGCCAUGUCCUGCCCCACCAAGAAGACGGUGCCGGCGCUCCCGGUGCUUCCGGUGCCAACGGCGAGGAAACUCUCUCUGGGAGGGGCUGUGGGCGGCAAGCUGAAGGCCGCCGGGGAGGUCGGGGCCGGCACUGCCGAGACCGUGGAGAGCCGGAUCCUCGUGUUCGUGAGGCUGCGUCCGAUGUCGAGGAAGGAGAAGGAGGCCGGGUCGAGGAGUUGCGUCAAGAUCGUCAACAGGAAGGAGGUGUCCCUCACGGAGUUCGCCUCAGAGAACGACUAUCUCCGGUUGAAGCGUGUGCGCGAUUCCCAAUUCUGCUUCGAUUCGGUUUUCCCUGAUUCGACGACGCAGGCAGAAGUCUACAGCACAUCAACAGCAGACCUUGUGGAGGGUGUUCUGCAAGGUAGGAAUGGGACAGUGUUCUGCUAUGGAGCUACAGGGGCUGGUAAGACCUACACCAUGCUUGGGACAAUGGAAAACCCUGGCGUAAUGGUGCUUGCAAUAAAUGAUCUGUUCUCCAAGGUGACGCAGCGGAACUAUUCAAUUAAGUUGUCAUACCUCGAAAUAUACAAUGAGACAGUGAGGGAUUUGCUGUCUCCUGGUAGCCCCCUUAACCUGAGAGAAGAUAAGCAGCAGGGAACUGUUGCAGCUGGUCUUACCCAAAGAAGUGUAUACUCCACAGACGAGGUUAUGGAAUUACUUCAGAAAGGCAACAAGAAUCGAACAACUGAACCAACUCGAGUAAACGAGACCUCAUCACGUUCUCAUGCGGUACUGCAGGUUGUUGUAGAAUACAGAUCCUUGGAUGGAACUAACCUAAAACGAGUCGGAAAACUAUCUCUCAUUGAUCUUGCUGGAUCUGAAAGAGCCCUGGCAACAGAUCAACGCACACUGAGGUCGAUUGAAGGAGCAAACAUUAACCGCUCUCUUCUUGCACUCAGCAGUUGCAUCAAUGCCCUUGUGGAGGGUAAGAAGCACAUACCAUAUCGCAAUUCCAAGCUAACCCAACUCCUUAAGGACUCACUUGGAGGAUCCUGCAACACCGUCAUGAUUGCCAACAUUAGCCCCUCUCAUCUUUCCUUUGGCGAGACACAGAACACGCUUCAUUGGGCUGAUCGUGCCAAGGAAAUAAAAACAAAGACCCAAACUACUGCAAACGAGGAGGUUCUGGAUCAACCAGAUUCUGAAACUGCUGUGCUUGUACUGGAGCUUCAGAGGGAAAACUGUGUGCUGAGGGAGCAGCUGGCGAAGCAACAACAGAAAUUACUGAUUGCCGAGGCUCAGUUACUUGCUUCAAAAACCUUGCCACAACAAUCUCCUGCUCGCUCUUCUCAUGUUUCAACUCCAGGCUCAACUCAAAGAAAGACCAGACGAUCUAUCGUGGCUGGGAACUACUUCAACACUACAGACUCCAAGAGGCCUACAACCGACAACGCACAGGUCAGGGAGUUACAGAGGAAAGUGAAGACAUUGGAGUCUGAGAUGGAUAAGAUGAAAAAGGAGCACAUAUUGCAGCUAAAGCAGAAGGACGAGUUCAUCCGUGGCUUGAUCAACAGGAAGGCUCCUAACAACUGUGAAGAGGCAACAGUUGAUAGAAGAGUUGUCACGAGGGCGAGCCUGCGAAAGGCACAGAGAGAUGCAUCAGCUACAGGCGAGCUGAAAAGCCCCAGCCACCGGUUUACAUCACCAGCACCAACGGCAAAGAAGCGUACUUUCUGGGACAUCGGAGGCAACAGCCCUUCAGUUCUUGCUGCCAAUGGAAGAAAGACUCGAAGCCAUGUAGCAACAGAGACACCGAAGAAAGGUUCUUCCAAGCUGCUUCAGCCAGGAUUUGCACGGCAAAUAUCGAGCCAUCGAAACAUUUAAGAUGCACAGGAGAGGACUGCCUACAGUGGAUAGAGAUGCUCAUAUUAAUUGCAGUUUAAUCGAAAUCCAUCCUAAUUUUUAUUUUCAUUCUUUAUUCAUAUUGAAUUAUUGGAGCGGUAAACAUUUGGUCACGGGAGGUACAUGAGCUGAUUUUUAAAUCGAGACACAGUUCUCCUUUCUUC